AUGUUCAUUUGUCCUCUCUGCGUGUUGUUUCUUCAGACUAGUUGUAUGAGGAAUGCCCCAUUGCUCUUGUUUGGAGCGGGUGGAACCCUCGGAGGGGUUAAAAAGAUAGCCAAUCCUAAGACUAUUCCGUACCACAGUUGGGUGCUUUCAGAAAAGUCGAGGGUCCUAUUAGACUCUAUUCACCAUCCUCUAGUCACAGAAUACUUUCUUCGACUAAACAUGAGGCGUGUGGGGCUUGAACAACAACAAGAGUGCGCUGACUUGGCUUCACUGCACACUAAAGUCGGGGACACUUCUUACAAUCACGUGAUGUGGAAUAUUCAGUACAGAGAUGAACUGGACGUGUCGGAGAGGCUAUCAGCCCAUUUACUGAAGAUUAAUGACAACAUAAAGUUGAAGGACCAACUUCAUUCACAUGAAACUCUGUCAGACGACGAUCGGGAUAUAUUACUCAUGGUAGAAGAAGAUGUCCGGGAGCUCGUUGAGAAGGUUCGUGACAUGGAUAGUGACGUGAAUGCCGUCAUGACGCGGCGUCUCAAUUUGAGUGAUGCUCUGGGAUCAUGUACCAACACAUGGUCGCUUGAGGUUGCUGGAAAGGCUGGUGGCGAGGAGGCAUCUCUAUUUGCAUCUGAGUUGCUCGAGAUGUAUAGGGCAUACGCAACUGAAAUAAGGCAUUGGAGCGUUGAUGUGGACGGUGGUGAAGGAGAUGGCGAGCCCGUUAGUUCCGGUGGUCCUGCAGUCGGUGGAAAUGGAAUGAAAAUUAAAGUUAAAGGGGAAGGGGUGUACCGCAAUCUACGGCAUGAGAUUGGGGUUCACAAGGUUCAACGGGUACCCGUUACCGACCAAGAUGGAAAGAUGCAAACCUCUACAGCUGUGGUUACUCUGAUGCCCGUGCUUGACCCAGUUUCUGUUGAUGUUCACGAAAAGGAUUGCAACAUUGAAUUCGUUCGGGGGUCAGGACCAGGGGGUCAGGGAAUGCAAAGCAGUUCCAACGCCGUUUGUUUAACGCAUAAACCAUCUGGUAUAUCAGUCAAAUGUCACCAGUCCCGGUCGGCUCUUGGAAAUAAGGAACUUGCGCUACAGAUGGUCGCCCAACAACUGUUGGUACGUCGUGUAAAGGACCAAAAUUCUUCUCUUCAUGAGACGUGGUGCAAUCAAUGGAGCAGUGGAGAGCGAUCAGACAAAAUGAGGACGUACAAUUACCCACAAAACCGUGUCACUGAUCAUCGCCUCGGGAGGGAUUACUCCUUGGGAACGUUUUUAGAUGGCGGUGCUGGUCUGGUGGGAUUGCACGAUGACCUUAACGCAAUCGAUGAUAGGCAACAACUUGUACGAGUGCUUUUGCAACAUAUUGAGAGCGACUUCAACUGUGUUACGUAA